AUGAAUAAUCUUUUUGGAAUUAUUUGGAAAGAAAUAAAACUUUUAGAUAUGAAGUGGUUUGACUACAAAAUGGAGACUCUCUCAUAUGAUUGUUCUUGUGGAGAUAUAUUUUUAGUAAAAAUCCAGGAUUUAGAGAUGACUAUUGCAGAUCCGAACUCAAAAACACAAGUAUAUAGUAUUAUUCUACAAUGUGAAAGUUGCUCCUUGAAAUUAAGACUUAUAUUUGACAAGGAGUCACUUGAGUUAUUAAGGAAAACACCACCUUUAGAAUGGAGAACUUAUUCUGUGAAUAGCCUUGAAUCAGUUCAAGUAUAA